CCCAGCAGAAGGCGCAGCCAUGAAUCCGUUAUUUGGUCCCAACCUCUUCCUCCUACAGCAGGAACAGCAGGGCUUAGCCGGGCCACUGGGAGACCCUCUGGGAGGUGACCACUUUGCCGGGGGAGGGGACCUGCCCCCGGCUCCGCUUGCCUCCUCCGGCCCGCCUGCCUAUUCGCCUCCGGGUCCUGGUCCGGCGCCCCCUGCAGCCAUGGCUCUCCGCAACGACCUGGGCUCCAACAUCAACGUGCUCAAGACCCUGAACCUCCGGUUUCGCUGCUUCCUAGCUAAGGUACACGAACUAGAGCGUCGGAAUCGGCUGCUGGAGAAGCAGCUGCAGCAGGCUCUGGAGGAGGGUAAGCAGGGCAGGCGGGGCCUGGCCCGCCGUGACCAGGCGGUACAGACCGGCUUCAUCAGCCCGAUCCGGCCCCUGGGGUUACCCCUGAGCGCCCGGCCGGCCGCCGUGUGCCCCCCGUCAGCGCGCGUGCUGGGCUCUCCCGCCCGCUCGCCAGCCGGACCCCUCGCAUCCUCUGCGGCCUGCCACUCCUCCACCUCUUCCUCCUCUUCCACCUCCGCCUCGACCCGCUUCAUGCCCGGCACCAUCUGGUCCUUCUCACACGCCCGCCGCCUUGGACCGGGACUGGAACCCACGCUGGUGCAGGGGCCUGGCCUGUCUUGGGUACACCCUGACGGGGUGGGCGUCCAGAUCGACACUAUCACCCCCGAGAUCCGUGCGCUGUACAACGUGCUGGCCAAAGUGAAGCGGGAGCGGGACGAGUACAAGCGAAGGUGGGAAGAGGAAUACACAGUGCGGAUACAGCUGCAAGAGCGAGUGAAUGAGCUCCAGGAGGAGGCCCAAGAGGCUGAUGCUUGCCAAGAGGAGCUAGCCAUGAAGGUCGAGCAACUGAAAGCCGAGCUGGUGGUCUUCAAGGGGCUCAUGAGUAAUAAUCUGACAGAGCUGGACACCAAGAUCCAGGAGAAGGCCAUGAAGGUGGACAUGGACAUCUGCCGUCGCAUCGACAUCACAGCCAAGCUGUGCGACUUGGCUCAGCAGCGCAACUGCGAGGAUAUGAUCCAGAUGUUCCAGAAGAAGCUGUCUCUACACUUGUCUCCCAUUAAGGUCCCGUCCAUGGGGGGGCGGAAGCGGGAGCGCAAGGCUGCUGUGGAGGAGGACACCUCCCUGUCGGAGAGUGAUGGGCCCCGCCAGCCUGAGGGUGACGAGGAGGAGAGCACAGCCCUCAGCAUCAACGAGGAGAUGCAGCGCAUGCUCAGCCAGCUGAGGGAGUAUGAUUUUGAGGACGACUGUGACAGCCUGACUUGGGAGGAGACUGAGGAGACCUUGCUACUUUGGGAGGAUUUCUCAGGCUAUGCCAUGGCAGCCGCAGAGGCCCAGGGAGAGCAGCAGGAGGACAGUCUGGAGAAGGUGAUUAAAGAUACCGAGUCCCUGUUCAAAACCCGGGAGAAGGAGUACCAGGAGACCAUUGACCAGAUAGAGCUGGAACUGGCCACAGCCAAAAAUGACAUGAACCGACACCUGCAUGAGUAUAUGGAAAUGUGCAGUAUGAAGCGGGGCCUGGACGUGCAGAUGGAGACCUGCCGCCGGCUUAUCACACAGUCAGGAGACCGAAAGUCUCCUGCUUUCACUGCGGUCCCGCUUAGCGACCCGCCGCCACCGCCAGGCGAAACUGAGGACUCGGAUCGGGAUGUCUCAUCUGAUAGCUCCAUGAGAUAGGGCCCAGUGCCUGGUUCCCCAGAGCUCACCGAGGCGGGGCGUGGGUCUGCAGAGGACUGUCUUUUGUGCCACUGCAUGAAGCCUGGCCCUGGGGCUUUGUGCUCCCCAGGGUUCUGGGCUGUCUGGAGCUAGGCUGGGCCCCACCCUUCCUGGACAACUCCCAUCACAUUGGGGUACUUCUGCCUUCCCACGUGGGUAUUUGCUACUUCUCCAUCUCUUAAACGCUGCCAGAACACCUGUGACCCUCCCCCCUCCAUUUUGUAAGGAAUGCGAUUAUGGGACCUCCUGCCUGUAUUCCUUGGGUAUCCUGGACUUUGGUACUGGUGCUAAGUGGCCCAGGCACGCACUGGUGUGAAGCAGAUUCAUCCGGGAGUUCCUAAGCGUUUGUGCAUCAUGUACCCUUGGUGGUGGUGGCGGGGCUUAGCUCCCUAAAGGCCUUACAGGGAGGCAAGGUGCCAGGCAUUGCCAUGUGGCCAGGUGCUCACAGCUGCCCACUGCAGGGACCUGGCUGUGAAGUCCACACAAAGGGGACUCGGUGCCUGCGCUAGGUCACCUGACAGGAAAAAGGUGAAGCUGCUGCCCACCCGUGUUCGUGCUCAGGGAUCAGCCGAGAGAACGCCUCCAUGGCUAUCACUUGCAAAAACAGGCUAAGCUGUCCCUGAUGCCGUAGGGAGACAAAGUUGGACUAUCUCCGGAGCCCCUGCAGAGCUUACAUUUGAAUGGAAUCUUUCAAAGCAAUGAAGGUGAAUAUUUAUCGA